AUGGCCAAUUUUGUGUCCCAGCUAAGACCUAUUGUGGACAAGAUCUAUUUCCUUGAUAAUCCUUUUGUCAGAGAAUUCAUGGCUGGCAGAGACACAGUAACAAGGGUUUCAGACAAACUGAAGCAGUCACCACAGUCCCUGCCGGAAGCCAACAGCACCGAUUCCGGGUUGAUGCUGCCAGAGAAUGGCUCCCUCUUGUCACUCAGCACACUGGAUCUUGCCUUCUCCCAGCUUAAGGACCGGUUGCAGAACAUCACUUUGCAGCUCGGUGGGACUCUCCUGGCCCCCACUCAAAGGACACGGAAACAUGUUCUCCUCAUGGCCACCACCCGUACUGGAUCUUCCUUCGUAGGGGAAUUCUUCAACCAGCAGGGCAACAUUUUCUACCUCUUCGAACCCCUGUGGCAUAUAGAAAGGACCGUAUCUUUCGAAUCGGGCGGCGCAAAUGCGGUGGCCUCGGGUCUUGUCUACAGAGAUGUUCUGAAGCAGCUCUUCCUCUGUGACCUUUACAUUUUGGAAAACUUCAUCGUCCCGUUCCCCGAGGAUCACCUGACUCAGUUUCUCUUUCGGCGGGGUUCAAGCCGCUCGCUGUGCGAGGAGCCCGUUUGCACCCCCUUUGUCAAGAAGGUCUUUGAGAAGUACCACUGCAAGAGCCGUCGCUGCGGCCCCCUGAAUGUGACUCUGGCCAUGGAGGCCUGCCUGCGGAAGGAACACAUGGCCCUUAAGGCGGUCCGAAUCCGACAGCUAGAAUUCUUGCGCCCGUUAGUCGAAGACCCCCGCCUGGACCUGAGGAUAAUUCAGUUGGUGCGGGAUCCUCGGGCGGUGCUGGCCUCCCGCAUGGUGGCUUUUUCGGGUAAGUAUGAAACCUGGAAGAAGUGGGCUAACGAAAGGGUGGCCACCCUUAACGCGGAUGAAGUCCAGAGAUUGAGGGGCAAUUGUGAAAGCAUCCGACUGUCGGCUGAACUUGGUUUGAAGCAGCCAUCAUGGCUCCAGGGUCGCUACAUGCUGGUCCGCUAUGAGGACAUUGCCAGGUCUCCUCUCCAGAAAGCCCAGGAGAUGUACAAAUUCACCGGCAUCGCUCUCACCACGCAGGUGGAGGACUGGAUCCGGAAAAACACACAGGCCCCUGAAGAUAGCAACGGCAUCUACUCCACCCAGAAAAACUCCUCCGAACAGUUUGAGAAGUGGCGAUUCAGCAUCCCCUUCAAACUGGCACAGGUGGUCCAGAACGUCUGCACACCAGCCAUGAAACUCUUUGGCUACAAGUUGGCCAACAGUGCCGAGACUCUUACCAACAGAUCCAUCAGCUUGCUGGAAGAGAGGAGGAACUUCUGGGUCACGUAAAGGUUUGCCUUCAUUGGUGGAUUUUUUCUCUCCAGUCAUAGCAUUCUUUGAAUUGAGAAGAAAGUGAAUGCAAGAAUAUGUAUAUUGAGGAAGGAACACAUGGGCAGGAAAUGUUGGGGGAUAGGUUGCUUCCACUGGUCUUGAGCAUUCAAGCAAAGAGCUUUUGGCUUUAUCUGGAAGCAAGCAUCACU